UCCCUUUUUUUUUUAAUUUCUUAUUCAUCCCGAUCUGUUCUCGCCAUCUCAUGUCCCUGUACAACUUCAAGAAGAUCGAGCCCGUGCCUACUGGCACUGACUUCAUUGACAUCAUCCUGUCAAAGACUCAGCGCAAGACUCCUACUGUGAUCCACAAAAACUACAACAUUGGUCGUAUCAGACAGUUCUAUAUGCGUAAAGUCAAGUUCACCCAGGAGAACUUUGAAGAGAAGUUCAAGAACAUUCUCGAUGAGUUCCCCAAGCUUGAGGAUAUCCACCCUUUUUAUGCCGAUUUGAUGAACGUACUGUACGAUAAGGAUCAUUACAAGCUUGCGCUUGGUCAGAUCAACACCGCCCGCCACUUGAUUGACCAAGUUGCCAAGGAUUACGUCCGUCUCUUGAAGUUCGGUGACUCCCUUUACCGUUGCAAGCAGCUCAAGAAGGCUGCCUUGGGUCGUAUGGCUACUAUCAUGAAGCGUCAAAAGGACAGUUUGGCUUACCUCGAGCAGGUCCGCCAGCAUUUGUCUCGUUUGCCAUCAAUUGACCCCAACACCCGUACCUUGUUGAUUUGUGGUUACCCCAAUGUUGGAAAGUCCAGUUUCAUCAACAAGAUUACCCGUGCAGAUGUCGAUGUUCAGCCCUACGCAUUCACCACCAAAUCACUCUUUGUCGGUCACAUGGACUACAAGUAUAUGCGCUGGCAGGUUAUUGAUACUCCCGGUAUUCUUGAUCACCCUCUUGAGGAGCGCAACACAAUUGAGAUGCAGUCUGUUACUGCCAUGGCUCACUUGAGAGCAUGCAUUAUGUACUUUAUGGAUUUGUCUGAACAAUGUGGUUACAGUGUCGAAGAUCAGGUCAAGUUGUUCCACAGCAUCAAGCCUUUGUUUGCCAACAAGCCAAUUUGCUUGGUUAUCAACAAGAUUGACCAGGCCAAGCCUGAAGAUCUUCCCGAAGAGCAGCGUGCCUGGAUCGAGGAGAUUGCCAAGGAUGAGAACGCUACUGUCAUGACCAUGUCUUGUUACAAUGAUAUUGGUGUCAUGGAUGUCCGUAACCUGGCUUGCGACAAGCUUUUGGCUGCUCGUGUUGAGAUGAAGAUGAAGGGUAACAAGAUUAACGAUGUUAUCAACAAGAUCCAUUUGGCCCAGCCUGCUGCUCGUGACAACAUUAGCCGUAUGCCCAACAUUCCCCUUGGUGCUAAGGAGAAGGCUAAAUUCGAUGUUAACGACCCCAACAGACCUAAGCUUGCCAAGGAUAUUGAGGCCGAGAAUGGUGGUGCCGGUGUUUACAAUGUCGAUCUCAAGAGUAACUACAUGCUUGCCGAAGAUGAAUGGAGAUACGAUGCUAUCCCCGAAUUCUACGAUGGUCGCAAUGUUGCUGACUUUAUUGAUCCUGAUAUCGAAGAGAAGCUCGAAGCUCUUGAGAGAGAAGAAGAGCGUCUUGCCGAAGAAGGCUUCUAUGAUGAGAACGAAGACAUGGUCGAUUCUGAUGAAGAGACUCUCAGAGAUACUGCUGAUGCUAUCCGUGAUCGUAAGAAGAUGAUUGUCGCUGCUCACCGUGCUGCUCACGGUAAGAACAGACCUACGAUACCCCUCAAGGUUGCUGCCAAGCGUAGCACAAUUGGUCAGAUGGGUAGCAAAUUGUCUGAGAUGGGUGUCGAGACCAACGCUGCUGUUGAACGUACACGUACUGAGGCUGCUAGCCGUAAGCGUACUCGUGCCGAAGCUGUUGGUGAUGAAGCUGUCAAGGAUGCCGAUGCAGCUGAGCGUGAUGAAUCUAUGUCUCUGGAGAUGAGCAACCUUGGUUUCCGUAACGUUAAGCAGAAGAUGGAAGCUGAUAAGAAUAAGAAGGUUGCCCAGCAGAACUUCAGCAGAAUGGGCAAGCGAGGAGAAUCCGAUCGUGGUAUCCAGACAAAGAUGCCAAAGCAUUUGUUCGCAAACAAGAGUUCCAUGGGUACUCGCGACUGGCGAUAAAAGAAAAAAAAAAUGUGUAUUUUUCCCAUUGUGUCUUUAGAAUUUUUACCGCAUCUCUCUCUACCACUAUCUCUUGAUUUUUUUUUACCUCUUUCUCAACCUCUCUUUAUUCUCUAUUCUAUCUCUAUCUCUAUCUCUCUCUUUCUUUCUUUAUUUUUUUUUAUUGUUUAUACAUUCAAAAUAAAACUAUCAUCUGGGUUAGGUCCUUACAACUACAAAAA